UUAUAUUCAGGAAAUCUUUACAUUUUUCAGUUAAGUGCCUGCACCUGCUGUCACCUCAAAUUCAAAUCCAAAUGUUUCAGUUGGGCAGUUCCUGCAAGAACCCCCACCAACUAAGGAGGUUUCUGAGGAGGUCCCACCUCCUUUGGGGUUAUUUGAAGAGCAUUUUGGAGGCAUUUUACAUUGCCAAGAACCCUGAGGAACUUUUAGGAUCUUAGAAGAAUGCUUGUUGGAAUGCAACAUUUUGGAGUGUAGGCAUUCAUCGUUAUUUUGGCCUGCUGCCAGGUGUAUGACUUUGCUCCAUGCAUGGGCAAAUUGGACAUCUGGCAAACGGCAGAAAGACCAAAUCAUUUUUUAUUGGGGUCAGUUCAUCUCGAUACUUCAAAACUCCUAAUAACGUCACAAAUCCAGUGUGUGGGUCCUCCAGUGAGUUGGAGAGGAUUGGGGAACAAUGGCACAGUUUGAAACCUUGAUAUGGACUGUACCUAUUAUAUUGGUGUUUGUAAGCAUUGGAUGCUGUAUUGCAUGUGGUAGAGCUGAGUACAGAAUAGGGGAUGAAUGUUGUCCCAUGUGUUCACCAGGAAAUCAUGUACAUAAGCAUUGUACUGAAUUCACCAGCACCAGCUGUGUGCCCUGUGUUGAUGCUACAUUCCUUGAUGAGCCCAAUGGUCUCAUAAAAUGCAAAGUGUGUAUCAACUGUGAUCCAGGUUUGGGUUUGAAGGUAAAGCAGCCAUGUAGACCUUCAUCAGACACUGUCUGUGGGACACUGGAGGGGUUCUACUGUCUAGACCCAACUAAGGAUGGUUGUAGAGCAGCCCAGAGACACAGCAGCUGUAAACCUGGUCAAUACAUCAGUAACACAGGAACAGCAUCUACAGAUACUGUUUGUGCUGACUGCACUGGUGAUACUUAUUCAGAUGGAUCAUUAACAUCCUGCCAGCCACACACACAGUGUAAAUCCUUAGGUCUUCAAGAACUUAGACCAGGAACUCAUUGGUCCAAUUCUGAAUGUGGACCACAAUCCUCAAGAAUAGAACCUGGAAUCAUCAUUGGUGUUGUGGCAUCAGUCCUAAUAGCUCCUAUAAUAAUAAUUAUAAUUAUUUCGGUGACAACCUGGUUGAUUAAUAAUAUUGGGUUGACAAUGCAGAUAGUCCGGGUAGCCAUUUGAUUAGCUGUUCAGGAAUCUUACGGCUUGGGUGUAGAAGCUGUUCAUGAGCCUUUUGGACCUAGACUUGGAGCUCCGGUACCGCUUGCCGUGCGGUAGCAGAGCGAACAGUCUAUGACUGGGGUGUCUGGAGUCCUUGACCAUUUUUAGGGCCUUCCUCUGACACCGGUUAACCAAUGCAAAUGAAUAGGAAAACAUUCAAAGCGUAUUAAUAGGACAUUUAGCGUAAUUGGGAACACAUAUGGCGCGGGGAGAAGUCAAAGGAUCCUAGUCAGGCUAUUGUUUCAGAGAACCUGUAGGGCUUCAUGUGUAUCAAAUCUGUAGGUGUUAGUGGGCUAAAUCAAUGAGAAAUAUAGCUGAAAUAUGCAGGCUUUGACAUGAUCUGUGAUCAAAAUAGACAGGGGUGUUUUUGGUUCCGUUUAGGCUAAAGGUUAUGGGUAAGUACGCAGCUGCACUGAAAUUAAUAGCCUGAUUCAAUGCGAUUCUCCUGAAUAAAAAUCUGUUAAACUGUUUGGUCGAUGGAUACCGCUUCUAUCUUUUUGGUAUUUUUGUAUAGGCAUAACCUACCACAAAUAUUCUAAAUUGCAGAGACUAACACGGAACCCAAACCGGCUGCGUGCCUGCGCUAUCAUGCAUACAUUUAGUACUAAUUAUUAAGGUGGUUGUCAGCAUGACUUUCAACUGCACAAUAUGCAUGAAUUCAAAAACGUUCUGCUGGGUUGGCACUAGAAAAUGUAGAAAAUAGUAUCACUUCUUUAUGUCCCUUGUAAAACCGGUUCUACUAUCAGCAAGUAAAUAAACUUCUCUCCACAGUUCUGAGGAAAACACAUUCACCCAAAAGCAACUUUUUCCUGAAUUACCAUAGACAUAUAAUUUACAGUUGACAGUCUUAACAUCCCGCACAAAACACAUAGUUAUAGCAUACGACUAGAUGCAAAUCAUCGAACUGAACAAAUAAAAGAGCAAUAGACUUUUAAACCGUCCUCCUCCCUAACAUUCCCUGUCAUACAACAGUACAUAAUGGUUUCCCUCUGAGCUGUAGGCCAAGGUUUCCUUCCUCAUAAAACUCCCCCCUCUUCCUGUUUUCAAUCUCUACAAUCAAUGGACAAAUGUAUUUACAAUUAAAUUAAUCUAACAACAAUACUAUUUGCAGUUUAGCAGUAUUAUUAUGAUGUAUUUGUCAGACUACUAAAACAGAUAGUAAACAAUGUAAAUCUACCCCUGCAACCAUUGGGUACUUUCCACUCUGCUUAACACCUUUCAUAAAACAACUGCAGGGACUUUCCUAAUCGUAUAUAUAACAAACUGAAUGGGUGAAAACAAAUACCAUAAUGCUUUCACCUGUCUCCUGUUCAGAUCAAUGACAAUGAAAGAAAGGAGAUAGAGGAAGCCACUGUAGACUAUUGAGAUGCACCCCUACAGUUGGCUGUGGCUGCCUUGUUAUCAGUCUCACCCUCAGGAAUGGCAGACCAAGGAGCUGCUCUCACUUAUGACUCCACUGUCUGAUGAAGAAACAAAGCCGCUUGAUGACAAUGGAUCCUCCUCAAAAGGUCAAAGGGCAGACAAACCUCUCAGGCAGUAACAUCCCAGUCUGCUUCAGUGGUCCAGAAAUCAGGAGCAAACCAAGAUUCAGCUGGAAAGUGAUGAUUCGCUCACCCCCUGCCAUGUCAGCUGACCAGGAAUGAGGCAAGCCGCCUCGUUACCCCUGAGACUGUCUGGAGGCAUUCCUCUCCUCUGAGGACCCAGCGAGGGUGGAGCACAGUGAGACACUUAUACAGCCAGAGAGUCAAGAAAUGGAACAGCAAGGCCACAGAAGAUGACAUACGCAGAGCUGUGGGAGACCACCUGAAGCAUAGGUAGAGACAGGGGAAUUCCCCUUUACCACGCCACCACCAAACACCUUCAACAGGCUUGGUCUGUUUGAUUGAUUUGUUUGUUUCAGUUUUCAGUAGUUGAAUCAUUUGACGUAUUGUUGAUUUUAAA